UACUACGUACCGGUACGUAUCUAUCAUAUUACAUUAUUUCAGUGCCGACUUACGUGUUGUUUGUUGAUGAUGUUACGUUUCGUACGAAUAGAUCUUCUUUUCAAAUGGUGUAUCCCAUGAAAAAACUACAGUAGAAGGUUUCCCACCAAGGAAAGUAUAUUUCAUCCAACAGCAUAGUAUUGGAAAGGAACAAAACCAAAAUAAUGUCUAUAGCUGCAACAAACACGCAUCGAAGGCCGGCGGUCCUUGCCUUGCUGGCAGCUGCAUCGCUUUCCGUUUCGGAUGCAUUUUGUUUCCCGUCGACGAAUACGAGGAUCCAAAUGAAGCUGGCAGCAAAUUCCGCUCCUUCGCUCGACGCCAUCCUGUGGGACAUGGACGGAGUUCUKGCGGAAACCGAAAAGGACGCGCAUCGAGUGGCCUUUAACAAAGUCUUUGCCGAUMGGUCCCUCGAUACGGAGUGGACCGUCGAGGGAUACGGAAAGCUCCUAGAGGUGGGCGGUGGCAAGGAACGCAUGACGGCCCACUGGAAUGCCGUCGGAUGGCCUUCCGCCUUUGACGACACCGAAGACGACGAAGAACAACGACAGGCCCGCGUUAAGGAGCUCCACCUGGCCAAGACGGACGUCUUCAACGAAUUGAUCCGAGAGGGGGGAGUGCCGCUGCGACCCGGAGUGGAGCGAUUGAUCGACGAGGCACUGGAUUCGGGCAAACAACUGGCYGUUUGUUCCACAUCGAAUGAAAAGGCCGUCAAAAACCUGGUGAACACGCUGCUGGGACCCGAACGGGCCGCAAAGUUUUCRAUUUUUGCCGGCGAUUGCGUCUCCCGCAAAAAGCCCGCGCCCGACAUCUACAACCUGGCCGUUGAUACGCUCGAUCUGGACAAGAGCCGCUGCCUAAUCGUCGAGGACUCCGGGAUCGGGUGGGGCGCCGCCAAGGCCGCCGGGAUUUGCUGCGUGGUGACCAAGAGCGUGUACACCGCCCACGAAGAUUUCACGGGAGCCGAUGCGAUUGUGACAGACCUGGACGGAACGGACGGAGCCAGCGACCCCGUGACUCUGGAAACCGUCGAGGGAUUGUUGCAACAACGACAGUAAUCUGCAGGCCAAGUGAUCGAGCUAAGAGAUGCAAUCAAACGGAUUCUUUCCUGCCGCACUACUAGCGUCCGUGCUAGUUGCUAYUAUUAGYAUAGUAUAAAAUAUACGCUAGACA